GACAGGGGCGGCGGGCGGGGGCCGCGGCGGAGAACCCGCCGCGCUGGACACCUUACUUCCUGCUUCCCCGCCCGCCGCCAGCCCCAGCUCUGCGGAGGGAUAUCUCUCCCCUCCUCUGUCCCUCUCCCUCCCUUUACCCGCCUGUCUGCCCCCCUUUUCUGACCCCCCCAACUCCACCCCGCCUUUCUCCUUUUGCAAGAAAAUAAUUUGACAGUCGAUUUGCUGACAGGGGAGGAAUUUGCAUCCUGGAUUAAAAAAAAAAAAAGGCCGAGAGGAGCUUAGGAACGGUUGCUAGGGCUCGGCUCGUCCCCCAUCUCACCCCCCAAGUGGAGAUUGGUCGUCUUGUCGGAUUGCCCAGGCACUUGUUGCCGAAACAGCCAAGGCUCCGGGUCCAGAGGGUGGUGACAAAGGAAGACACAGGAGCAAGGCGACCCUGAAGGAGGCACCCGCGGUCUCAAUCCUGAAAUAGCCUGGGAAAUCCAAUGUCAAGGUGCCUGCAAGGAAUGUUCCCAUCCGAAUUCUCCUCUUAGCUGUGGGUGACUUCCAUCUCGCUGACCUCCCUGGGCACUGUUGGAGAAAGGAAGGAUUUUGAGAGGCCAGCAUUGAAUCCCCAGGAGCUGGAGUUUCAGGAAGUUGUGAGCUGCCCAAACCCAGGUCUCUUCUUCCCACCUGGCCAGCAGCAUGUGAGCAGCAUGACUGACCAGCUGCAGGAGGAGCCCCCAGAGCCAGGACCCCGACACAGCCCGCUGCCAAGGUCAAGGUGUGAAGGACGUCCCCCCACCACGGUGGUGUCUGGUCCGUACCUCAGCCCGGGUGAGGAUGUAGGCACCUCGGCUCCACUGAUGACUGGUUCAAGCCAACAGGGACCCCUGCCUCCAGCCACCCUCACAGACAUGUCAGCCGUGGAGUAGGGUGGACUCUUUCUCUCAUCUUCUCAGGGUUUCAGGAUUUUUUUUUCUUCAUUUCCUCUUUUUUGUUGUUUUUUUUGUUUGUUUGUUUGUUUGUUUUGUUUUGUUUUGAUUUUCGUUUUGUGGCUGAACAUUCAUAAGCACGGAGGACAUCAUGGGGGACCAGCAACUGUACAAGACCAAUCACGUGGCCCACGGUGGUGAGAACCUCUUCUAUCAACAGCCACCCCUUGGCGUGCACAGCGGGCUGAACCACAGCUAUGGGAAUACAAUCUCGGGGGCUGGAAUGGACGCCCCGCAGGCCUCACCCAUCUCUCCUCACUUCCCUCAAGAUACUCGGGAUGGUCUCAGCUUGCCUAUUGGCUCCAAAAACCUUGGCCAAAUGGAUGCCUCCAGGCAGGGAGGAUGGGGAAGCCAUGCAGGACCUGGGAGCCAUGUCCAGCUUCGUAGCAACUUGGCCAACUCAAACAUGAUGUGGGGGGCGCCGGCCCAGGUGGAACCCACGGAUGGCUACCAAUACACGUAUUCCCAGGCCAGCGAGAUCCGGACCCAGAAACUCACCAGUGGUGUUUUGCACAAGCUGGACUCUUUCACCCAGGUGUUUGCCAACCAAAACCUGCGAAUUCAGGUCAACAAUAUGGCCCAGGUGCUGCACACCCAGUCAGCAGUGAUGGAUGGAGCCUCUGACAGUGCCCUCCGUCAGCUGCUGUCUCAGAAGCCUGUGGAGCCCUCAGCAUCAGCCAUAGCUUCUCGCUACCAGCAGGUGCCCCAGCAGCCUCACCCUGGUUUCACAGGUGGACUGCCCAAACCAGCCCUUCCAGUCGGGCAGCAUGCUCCCCAAGGGCACCUGUAUUAUGACUACCAGCAGCCCCUGGCCCAGAUGUCCGUGCAAGGCGGACAGCCACUGCAAGCCCCUCAGGUGCUGUCCAGCCAUAUGCAGCCAUUGCAGCAGCACCAGUAUUACCCACAGCCGCCGCCUCAGCAGCAGCAAGCCGGACUGCAGCGGCUCUCCGUGCAGGAGAUGCAGCAGCAGCAGCAGCAGCAGAUUCGCCCCUCACCGCCUCAGCAGCAGCAGCAGCAGCAGCAGCAACAGCAGCAACAGCAGCUCCAACUGCAGCAACGGCAGAGUUCACUGCAGAUACCUCAGUAUUAUCAGCCCCAACCCAUGAUGCAACACUUGCAAGAGCAGCAGCAGCCAUCCAUGCACCUGCAGCCCCCUUCGUACCACAGGGACCCUCACCAGUAUACCCCGGAGCAGGCACAUGCGGUCCAGCUGAUCCAGCUGGGCUCCAUGCCCCAGUAUUACUACCAGGAGCCUCAACAGCCCUACGGUCACCCCCUCUACCAGCAGAGCCACCUGUCCCAGCACCUGCAGCGUGAAGACAGUCAGCUGAAGACCUACUCCAGUGAUAGGCAGACCCCAGCUCUGCUGAGCUCUCACGGGGACAUGGGACCUUCUGAUACAGGGGUGGCAGAUCCAGCAAGCUCAGAAAUGACCCGGGUCACCAGUACCCUUCCUCACCAACCGCUCCUGUCCCCCAGUGGGAUCCACCUCAACAGCAUGGGAUCUCAGCAUCAGCAGCCGUCUCCCAGUGCGAUGUGGCCCCAGAUGCACUUACCUGAUGGGAGAGCCCAGCCUGGAUCUCCGGAAUCAAGCGGCCAAACCAAAGGAGUGUUUGGGGAACAGUUUGAUGCCAAGAACAAGCUGACAUGCUCCAUCUGCCUGAAGGAGUUCAAAAGCCUGCCUGCCCUGAAUGGCCACAUGAGGUCCCACGGGGGAAUGAGGGCAUCCCCCAGCCUCAAACAGGAGGAAGGAGAGAAGGUCCCACCGCCUCAGCCUCAGCCUCAGCCUCAGCCUCAGCCUCAGCCCCAGCCGCCACUGCCGCCUCAGCCGCCACCGCAGCUCCCUCCUGAGGCAGAGCGCCUCACGCCUAUGGUCAUGCCCGUGUCUGUCCCUGUCAAGCUUCUCCCACCCAAGCCCAGCUCUCAGGGGUUCACCAACAGCGUCGCUGCCACCCCUUCGGCCAGAGACAAGCCAGCCAGCUCGAUGUCGGACGACGAGAUGCCUGUGCUCGUGAGGAUGACCCUCUCCCCCCCUCACUCUCCCCAAGGGGCUGCCCCCCGUGCGCCUGCUGAAAUCCCCCGGAAACAUCCGCCCAUCACCGCCAAAGUUGAGGAGCCCCUCAAGACCCCACCAGAGAAGAAGAAGUUCCGGCACCGGCCUGAGCCCCUCUUCAUCCCACCACCGCCUUCUUCCUAUACUCCCAACCCCACCUCUUACUCGGGGGCCACCCUGUACCAGAGCCAACUGCGCUCCCCACGCAUCCUCGGGGACCACCUGCUCCUGGACCCCGCCCACGAACUGCCCCCCUACACACCGCCACCCAUGCUGAGCCCCGUGCGCCAGGGCUCAGGGCUCUUCAGCAAUGUCCUCAUCUCUGGCCACGGCCCUGGAGUGCACCCCCAGCUGCCCCUCACUCCCCUCACGCCCACGCCACGCGUGCUGCUGUGCCGUUCCAGCAGCAUCGAUGGCAGCAAUGUGACAGUCACCCCAGGACCCGGAGAACAGACUGUGGAUGUUGAACCACGCAUCAACAUUGGCUUAAGAUUCCAAGCAGAGAUCCCAGAACUGCAAGACGUCUCCGCCAUGGCUCAGGACACACACAAGGCCACACUGGUAUGGAAGCCGUGGCCUGAGCUAGAAAACCAGGCCCUCCAGCAACAAGUGGAGAACCUUCUGAAUUUGUGUUGUUCCAGCGCGCUGCCAGGUGGAGGGACCAAUUCGGAAUUUGCUUUGCACUCUCUCUUUGAGGCCAAAGGUGACGUGAUGGCUACCCUGGAAACGCUGCUGCUGCGGAAGCCAGUCAGGUUAAAAUGUCAUCCUUUAGCAAACUACCACUACGCCGGUUCUGACAAGUGGACGUCCCUAGAAAGAAAACUGUUUAAUAAAGCAUUGGCCACUUACAGCAAAGACUUUAUUUUUGUACAGAAGAUGGUGAAGUCCAAGACAGUGGCUCAGUGCGUGGAGUACUACUACACUUGGAAGAAGAUAAUGCGGCUAGGGCGGAAACACCGGACACGCCUGGCAGAAAUCAUUGACGACUGCAUGACCAGCGAAGAGGAAGAGGACGCCGAAGAGGAGGAAGAGGACCCGGAAGAAGAUAGGAAAUCCAUAAAAGAUGAGGAGAGUGAAGUACCCAAGACACCAGAGCCACCGCCUGCCCCUGCCCUGGCUCCCACCGAGGGGGCACCCAUGCAGGCUGGUGGCCAACCAUCAGGCUCCUUCAUUUGUGAGAUGCCCAACUGUGGGGCUGACUGUAGAUGUCAUGUCGCUCCCUUUCUUCCUCAGGUGUUCAGCUCCCGACAGGCACUGAAUGGCCACGCCCGCAUCCAUGGCGGCACCAACCAGGUGGCUAAGACCCGAGGUGCUGUCCCCUCUGGGAAGCAGAAGCCAGGUGGCACCCAGAGUGGGUAUUGCUCAGUGAAGAGUUCACCAUCUCACAGUACCACCAGUGGAGAGACCGACCCCACCACCAUCUUCCCCUGCAAGGAGUGUGGCAAGGUCUUCUUUAAGAUCAAAAGCCGGAAUGCACACAUGAAAACCCACCGGCAGCAAGAGGAGCAGCAGAGGCAGAAGGCUCAGAAGGCAGCCUUCGCGGCAGAAAUGGCAGCCACCAUCGAGAGGACUACGGGGCCGGUGGGGGCACCGGAGCUGCUGCCUCUGGACCAGCUGAGCCUGAUGAAGCCCAAGGACGUGGACAUCCUGGAUGAUGAUAUGGUCCAGCAGUUAGGCGUCAUGGACGAGGCUGAGGUGGUAGGCACGGAUCUUCUCUUGGACAACCAAGAUUCAGUUUUGCUUCAGGGUGAUACAGAACUCUAAACCCCCCGUUCAUCACCUAGAGACACAGAAGCCACGGCCUCCACCUCCGUUUGUCUGCAGAACCUGGACUUCCUGCUCCUUUGGAAACCCUUUUAAACUACCUGUUUAAAAAGUGGUCCUUUUCUUCAGGUUAAGGGAGGGGAAAAUCCAGUUCUUUCUCUUUUACCUUCUUUUGCAUUGUUUUUGUUGGGGGUUGGGGGGAAUAAAAAAUUGGCACAACUGUCUUUAA